UCACCUAUCCAGUUCUGCUGAUAGAGUGAGAUAUACCAUACGCGGUGGAAAAAGAUGAUCUCUAAAAGAAGCUCACUGUCUCUUUCUACUCUCUAUAAAUAUGCACCCCAUGAUCUUCAAUACUACUACUACUAAUACCCAAAUAGUGAAAUACUCAGAAUUUAUUAAUGGCAGCUCUUAGCAUAAGCUUCAUUGUAGGUGUAAUUGGCAACAUAAUAUCUAUAUUGGUUUUUCUGUCUCCAAUAACAACGUUUAGAGGCAUAGUGAAGAAGAAAGCAACGGAGAAUUUCAAAGGGAUACCGUAUAUUUGCACGCUGUUAAGUACAUCAUUAUGGGCAUAUUACGGUCUUCUUAAACCUGAUGGUAUGCUUAUUGUCACUGUUAAUGGUGCUGGUGCUGUUCUUCAAGUUAUCUAUGUCACUCUUUUCAUCAUCUAUGCACCUAGAGACUCUAAGAUUAAACAUUUGAAGUUGGUGGGGAUUUUAAACGUUGGGUUUUACGGGGCCGUACUACUAAUUACGUUACUUGCUACGCAUGGAAGUCUACGGCUGACCGUUGUUGGAUUUAUUUGUGCAGGAUUCACUUUAGGAAUGUAUGGUGCUCCAUUAGGAGCCAUGAAAAAUGUGGUAGUGACGAAGAGCGUGGAGUACAUGCCGUUUAUGUUGACGUUUUUUCUCUUUCUCAAUGGUGGGAUUUGGUCUGUUUAUUCAUUACUCAUCAAGGACUUCUUCAUCGGGGUGCCAAAUGCGAUUGGUUUUGUGUUAGGAUCAGUUCAGUUAAUCAUGUAUAUCAUAUACAACAACAAAUCAAAGGCAAAGAAAUUAGCUAUGGAGAAACUCAAAGAAGAAGGAUCAGCUCAUUUGGUAAAUGGAGCCGUAAAAAUGAACAAGUACAACGAAGAGAUGAUGAUGAAGAAAGAAAGAAGCCUAAACAAAGGAUGGAGUCUACCUACACCAACUGUGUUAAGACAACUUAGUUUGCAGAAAAUUGUUAAAUCACUUUCUGCGAAUGUAGAUUUUCUGCCACUUAGUACCGGGGAUGAUGAUGUUGAGAAUCAAAAUCGGAACCUAGUUAACAACAUCAAACAUCUACCUAGGUAGUCAGUUUUACAAUUUCCUAAUCUAUUAAUAAGAGGUCUCGGGGACACCCCGAGCCUUCGGCCCCCAUUCCAGAACGUGCGCGCCUGCUCUCAUGUUUAUAUGUUGGGGAACCAUAAAAUCCUACAGUUAAUGUCCUUCUUGAAAGUUGGUUCUAGAUUAGUUAGGCUCGUGGACUCGAUAUCUAGUAGUUACCUCAAGCAUAAACCUGUACUUUUAACUUAACUUUUAUGUAUUUAUCAGUUAAACUCAAUGCUCAAGUGACAAUCAAGCA